AUGGAGAACAACGGCCAAGCAGGCGAUUUGGCUGGCGCCGACGGACGUGCGGCCAAGAAAGUCCAAUUACGGCAAGAAGACCCCCCCCCGGAUACGGGGGAGAUGAUGGUGGAUGGAACUGGGGUGGAAACAGAGGCAGUGAAAAGUUCCUUCAAGGAUAAACUCAUGAAUAAUGGAAUGGGUGCACCAGUAGAAUCUAUGGAGAGUGACGAGGUUGAUGGAUUUGAGAUUGGAGAAGAUGAUGUGGAACGAGUCCAUGAUGAUGUUGAACCAAAGACCGUCUUCAAGGAUCGUAUCAUGAGACUUGUUGCGGAUAGCAUGAAAAUGACAGUGAUCAUUGGGUUCAGUAAUAUAGAGGACUACCAACUUGCCUUAUCGGAAGGUCCAUGGAUCGUCUAUGGCCACACAUUGUCCAUACAACCAUGGUCACCUGAAUUCUCUCCGCUGAAACCACAUCCGACAAGUUCAGCGACGAGGGGAAGAUUUGCUAGACUGGCUGUUACCGUAAAUUUGAGCAAAAAUCUGAAGUCCCUUGUGUGGGUGAAUGGGGUUGCCUAUGGCAUCGAGUAUGAGUCAUUGCCGUUGAUUUGCUUUGGAUGUGGUAAAUAUGGUCACUUGAAGGGGGAUUGUCCCUCAAGUCGCGAGCAAGAUAUGACUUCUGCUUCUACCAAGGAACCAGAAUCUGUCAAUGAAGCCCAAGUUACACCAGAGCCUCGGGAAAAAUUUGGUGCCUGGAUGGUGGUCAAACGACCGCCGAGGAAAUCUAAUCGGCCCAAGCAGAUUACCGGCGAUGUGGAUCGGGAGAAGAUUUGUUCUCGAUAUGAGAUAAAGAAAAAGUAG